AUGGUUUCGUCUUCAGGAAGCGAAAGCUCCAGAAGAGUCACCCCCAAGGUGAAAAUACACCUCAACAGCCCGAGGGGGAAAAGGGAAUCGGCAGCAAAGAACAGGGGCCUCCAGGGGGGCCCCUCAGCAGCAGCAGCAGCAGCAAAGGGCCCCGAGGGCAAGCCAGGGGCCCCCGCCAAGGGGAACCCGCAGGGGUCCCCCGAGGCCAAAGACAGCAGCAGCGGCAGCAGCAGCAGCAGCAGCAAGGGGAAGGCCCCGAAGGGUGGGGAGGCAGCGGAGGCCCCAAAAGGGGACAAGAAGCAAGCACCAGCAGCAGCAGCGCAGCAGCAAACUAACUCAAGCAGCAGCAAGGCGCCUCAAUCCACAGCCAAAGACAGUGCCAAGCAGCAGCAGCAGCAGCAGAAGCCCGAGGCGCGAAAGAGCCCUGCAGCAGCAGCGAAGGAGACAGCAGCAGGAACCAAGGAAGCAGCAGCAGCAGGAGCCAAAAAGGCAGCAGCAGCAGCAGCAGAGCCGGCAGACACGAAGGCAGCAGCCAAAGCAGCAGCGGCAAACUUCGUGAAGCCCCCAGCCCUCAAAGCCCCCGUAAAGAUAGCAGCAGCAAAAAAGCAAAACGCAGCAGCAGCAAAAAGCAUCAGUGAGGAGCCACACAAAUGGAAACUAUAG